UAUUAAUAAAUUUUUCAUUUCUGCGAUCUCAGUAUUCUCCAGCGUUCAUGGCGUCGUCCAGCUCCGGCAAUUCCGUGCCUGCUCCUGAGGCAGUUCAAGUUCUCGUCUCGUCGUUGGCGGACGAGUCGCCGGUGGUAAGAGAGGCGUCGGCCGAUACUCUGAAGGACAUUGCUUCCGUGAAUCCGCUUCUGGUUCUCGAUUGCUGUUCGACAGUUUCACGUGGUGGUCGAAGAAGAUUUGGGAAUAUUGCUGGAUUGUUUCAAGUUAUGUCUGUGGCAAUUCGCGCAUUGAAUAAAGCUGAUGUUGAUCCUCAAUAUAUGGCAAAGUUUGCUAAAGUUGCCUCUGCUGAGAUAAUCUCAACCAAGGAACUUAAUGCUGAUUGGCAGAAGGCUGCAUCGGGUGUACUUGUUGCAUUAGGUUUACAUCUGCCUGACCUUAUGAUGGAUGAAAUAUUUCUUCAUCUCUCUGGGACAAAUUCAGCUCUUCCCGCCAUGGUUCAAAUACUUGCAGAUUUUGCUUCAUCUGAUGCUUCUCAGUUCGCUCCACGGCUCAAAGGUGUACUUACAAGAGUUCUUCCUAUUCUUGGAAAUGUAAAAGACAUACAUCGACCUAUUUUUGCAAAUGCAUUCAAGUCGUGGUGUCAGGCCUGUUGCCAGUAUGGCGUCGAUUUCCCGCUGCCUACAGCCAUUGAUGGUGAUGUCAUGUCUUUCCUGAACUCCGCGUUUGAGCUUCUAUUGAGAGUUUGGGCAACUUCACGUGAUCUCAAGGUUCGCAUAUCUACAGUCGAGGCAUUAGGCCAGAUGGUUGGUCUAGUUACUCGGACGCAAUUGAAGUCGGCUUUGCCAAGAUUAGUGCCCACUAUGUUGGAACUGUAUAAGAAAGAUCAAGAAGUUGCAGCAUUUGUGGCUACAUGUAGUCUCCACAAUCUCUUGAAUGCUUCUUUACUUUCAGAAAGUGGCCCCCCUUUGCUGGACUUUGAGGAUCUCACUGUCAUAUUGUCAACACUUCUUCCUGUGGUUUGUAUCAGCAAUGACAAUAACCAGCAGUCAAAAUUUCCAGUGGGACUGAAGACCUACAAUGAAGUUCAACAUUGCUUUCUCACAGUUGGUCAGCAUUAUGAGCUAGAUUGCAUUCCAAAAAUGAAAGCUUAUGUGAGUGAUCCAGAAGACCUAAAGCUAGAUCCAUUAUAUCAAGAGACUUGGGAUGACAUGGUUAUUAAUUUUGUUGCGGAGUCGUUGGAUGUGAUUCGGGAUCCUGAUUGGGCAAUAUCUCUGGGGAACUCUUUUGCUAAACAAUAUGAACUUUAUUCAUCUGAGGAUGAGCAUUCUGCUCUGCUUCACAGAUGCUUAGGUAUUUUGCUUCAGAAAGUUCAUGACAGAUCCUAUGUCCAUGAUAAGAUUGACUUGAUGUACACACAAGCUAACAUUGCUUUGCCAGUAAAUAGGCUUGGUUUAGCCAAGGCCAUGGGACUGGUUGCUGCAUCACACUUGGACACUGUUCUGGAUAAGCUAAAAGACAUUCUUGAUAAUGUUGGUGAUAGUUUCCUUAAAAGGAUUCUAUCAUUCUUUUCUGAUAAAGCUAAAAUGGAAGAAUCAGAUGACAUUCAUGCCGCUUUGGCUCUUAUGUAUGGUUAUGCUGCUAAGUAUGCUCCAUCUACAGUCAUUGAGGCCAGAAUAGAUGCACUUGUGGGGACCAAUAUGCUUUCACGUCUUCUUAACGUUCGCCAUCCUACAGCAAAGCAGGCAGUUAUCACAGCUAUUGAUUUGCUAGGUCAGGCUGUUAUCGGCGCUGCUGAAAAUGGUACAUCAUUCCCACUGAAAAGGAGAGAUGUGCUUCUUGAUUACAUAUUAACUUUGAUGGGCCGAGAUGAUGAAGAUGGAAUUUCUGAUUCUAACCUGGACUUAUUGAACACUCAGUGCCUUGCUUUGAGUGCUUGCACAACUUUGGUUUCUGUGGAGCCAAAAUUAACAACUGAAACAAGGAACCAUGUUCUGAAGGCCACUAUGGGAUUUUUUGGUUUACCAGAUGAUCCCCCUGAUGUUAUUAAUGGUCUCAUACACAACCUUACUACACUUCUCUGUGCGAUUUUAGUUACGAGCGGGGAGGAUGGAAGAAGUCGAGCAGAACAGCUACUGCAUAUAUUGAGACAGAUUGAUCCAUAUGUUGCUUCCUCUGUGGAAUAUAAGAGAAAGAGAGGCUGUCUUGCGGCAUAUGAGAUGAUUCAGAAGUUCCGGACUAUUUGUGUUAGUGGUUACUGUGCACUUGGUUGCCAAGGAAGUUGCACCCAUAACAAACGAAUUGACCGUGUUAUGAAUAAUAAUUUUUCUAAUUUACCAAGUGCAUUUGUAUCGCCGAGUCGUGAUGCAUUGUGUUUAGGAGAGAGAAUCAUGGUAUAUCUGUCACGCUGUGCAGAUACAAACCCUGAAGUUAGAAAAAGCUCUGCGCAGAUUCUUGAUUUAUUUUUCAGUAUAUCCCUUUCAUUACCGAGGUCUACAAACUCUAGCAUUGGUCUUGAUAUUGAAUUGUGUUAUGGAGCUUUAUCAGCACUUGAGGACGUGAUCUCUAUUUUGAGAAGUGACGCAUCACUUGAUCCAUCAGAGGUGUUCAACAGGGUCGUGUCAUCUGUGUGUAUAUUAUUUACUAAGGAUGAGCUUGUGGCCGCCCUAUAUUGCAGCUCCUCAGCUAUAUGUGACAAGGUCAGACAGUCUGCCGAAGGUGCGAUUCAAGCUGUGAUUGAGUUUAUCACUAAGAGGGGUAGGGAGCUGAAUGACACUGAUAUCUCAAGGACGGCGCAAUCCUUGCUUUCUGCUACGAACCAUGUAAUUGAGAAGUAUCUUCGCCAAGAAACACUUAAUGCUAUAUCUUCUCUUGCUGAGAAUACAACCUCAAGAAUUGUUUUUGAUGAAGUGUUGGCUGCUGCUGAGAAAGAUAUAGCCACAAAAGAUGUAUCUAGAUUACGUGGGGGCUGGCCAGUACAGGAUGUAUUUCAUGUAAAUUCCUACUUUACAGCCUAUAUACAUCUAAUUACCAUUUCUGUGGAGCAAAGCUAUGGUGCGGUCUUUGCAACUCUUGUGCUUCACUUAGGAAUUUGUCAUAGUUUAUCUAAUUCUGGCCAGCAGGAACCACUGCGGGCUCUACUGGUUGCAUUUAAUGCAUUUUGUGAAUGUGUUGGUGAUCUCGAGAUGGGGAAGGUACUUUGUGAAGUUUAUAUACCUCAAAAGUUUCAGUUCCUUCUUUGUGAGGUUACAAAUAACUCGUACAGUCUAAUUGAUGAUUCCCAUUUGCUUCUUUAUUUUAUGACUUCUUAUUGUCACUAAUUUAUCAUGACUCAGGUCCCUAUAAUUUCUUUGAUUCUUUGUCAAUCACUGGAUCGACCCUCAAGGUAUCUGAGGGAAGCUGCAGCUGCUGCACUGUCAGAGUUUGUCAGGUUCAGUGAGAGUUUUGGUCCUUUGUUGGAGCAGCUGGUUGAAGGAUUGACUCGACAUGUUUCUGAUGAUUCUCCAAAUGUUAGGCGACUUUGUCUAAGAGGACUUGUACAGAUGCCACCAGUCCGUGUUAUCGAGUAUACCAUUCAGAUUCUCAGUGUUAUUGUUGCUUUACUUGAUGACCCGGAUGAAUCAGUUCAGCUAACUGCUGUCUCAUGCCUGCAAAAGGUCCUUGGAUCUGCUUCCACGGAAGCUGUUGAACCCAUUUUGUUUAAUCUUUCAGUUAGGCUACGUAAUCUUCAAGUAUGCAUGAAUGCAAAGAUUCGAGCUAAUGCAUUUGCAGCGUUUGGGGCAAUAAGCACAUAUGAUUUUGGGCCACAACGUGAUGCUUUCCGUGAGCAGGUUCUUGCUGCCUUCCCGCGCUUGGUCUUGCAUCUGCAUGAUGAUGAUCUUGGUGUGCGACGAGCUUGCCGGAACACGUUCAAGCGCAUUGCUCAGUUGAUGGAGCUUGAUAGUAUGGUUGCUCUUGCCAACACACAUAGGUUUAGCUCUGAUCAUAGAGGUGACUAUGAAGACUUUCUUUUAGAUAUCGCAAAGCUUUUUACUCAACAUAUGUCAUCCAGGAUCGAUACCUACAUGGCAUCACUAAUACAGGCUUUUGAGGCACCUUGGCCGGUAAUUCAAGCAAAUGCUAUUUAUUUGUGUAGCAGUAUCGUUGCUUUCUCAAGUGUUCAGCAUAUCUCCACCCUUUACUUAAGUCAGGUUUUUGGCAUGUUGAUUGCGAAGAUAAACAGAUCGACAGACGCGAUUGUGAGAGCAACAGGCUCUUUGGCCCUCGGUUUGCUACUGAAGUCAACCAAUUCCUCUUGGAAAGCCACUCGUCUGGAUUCACCAGACUCACUCCUUGUGGGACGCGAAGCGGAAUCUUCUUGGAGGUCAUGAAGCACAGAUGCAAGAGAACUGCAGAUAUGAUUGUAUAGAUGCCAAGUGAUUUGAUUCAUUUGUGUAUAUGCGUGUAUUGUGUGUGUGUGUAACGUUUUGAUGUAUAGUAGUUGGGACUUAGGUAAAUAUUCUCUUGCAGCUUAGCAAUUAUGUCAUGUGCACUAGUUUGUCUUGAUUUAAAUUAAUUUCGAAUAUAGCCAAUCAGGCUAUUAUUCUCACCUAGUAA